CUGCAAACACUGUCCCUGCAUGUACAGUCAGGGACAAAAACAAGAGGCACAGAGCAGCGAAAGAAAGGGACGAGCUGGGCCUUUGUUAACAUUGUACUCAGCACCUUUACAAAGGGAUUGUACUGUGGAUCAGGCCCAGCCCUGCUGUAGGCACUCUAAGUAGGUGUAGCUUAGGUCUGUUCUGCCAGUUACACUAUUCCUUCUGAUCUGACAAGUAUCUAGCUGCCUAUUCUAGCCCAUUUUUCUUGGCACAAUGAUUGGGUCUCAUGGACUGUUGCUGAUUUUCAUGACAUUACUGCUCCUGGUAGAGUCAUUCGGCUCAGACUCUUCAAAGACAUCAAAAGGAAAAAGGAAAGGUAACAAGGCCAAGGAGGUCCCAAGUACUCAUCAGGACAAAGCCUUGGGAAAGGCUUCUCCGGAUCCUGUGCUCGGGGUAAACACAUUUGCUCCAUCUCAGUUUUACAGCUUGGUGGAAGAUUAUGAGAAAAGCCUGACAGAGAUGGUGAACCAGCUGAGAAACAAGUCUGAAAUUUCUGAAACCCGGUGUGAAGUCAACCUAAGAUUAUGGCUCUCGAACAGAAGAAGUCUUUCUCCGUGGACAUAUGUCAUAAAUCAUGAUGAGAACCGGAUCCCUGUAGACAUACCAGAAGCACGGUGCCUGUGCACAGGAUGUGUUAACCCUUUCACCUUGCAAGAGGAUCACACCAUGUCCAGUAUUCCCAUCCACAGCAAGAUCCCGGUACGGAGGCGUCUCUGCGAGGCAAGUUCCCACGGACUCAGGACAAGAAGAAGAAAGAAGUGUCACAAGGAAUAUAUAGCAGUGAUGGAGAACAUAGCGGUGGGCUGCACCUGCAUCUUCUGAAACCAUUGUUUACCUUUGCAAUCUUCAUAAAAAGUUGUUCAAGGGGUUCAAACGCAAUAAAUUGACAUAAAAGACACCAUGAAGCAUCUUAGAAACUUUUAACAUUUAACACUAGCCUGAGAAUUAAAAGUGAAUUCACAGUGAAUUUAACAUUUUACGCAAAUGUAACCGAACUAGAAGGACAACUGACUUAGAGAAUUUCUCAGUUUGGCUAUUUUGCCCCAAAUUUGAAAUGUAACUAGAAUUCCAUUUGAGUUCUCUCUUUAGUGAAUAACUCUGUGUGUGCAUCAGGCAAUAUAAGGCGUAUAACUCCUUCUCUCCUCUGCCUUUUUUUCACGGUGCUGUGUAAUAUGCUGGUGUAUAGUAAAGUA